AUGCUACUAAACAUCCUACAGUCCACAAGACAGCUUCCCACAAAGAAGAAGCAUGUGAUCGAAAGUGCAGUAUUGCUGAGUCCAAACUGCGACCAAUAUAAAUUACCAGGUUGUCCGAGGGACUUAGAUCCCGUGUGUGGGAGCGACAUGACCACAUAUCCCAAUGAGUGUUCCCUGUGCAUGAAAAUCAGGUAA